AUGGCGACACAGUCGCAGGCUCCGGAGUCCCGCUUCGAGCCAUGCGCCUCGACAGCCUCGUUAUUUCUCUACAGCCAAGACUCCGUGAUCUUAUGCUUACACCAUGACACCCUGGCAAUCGAGCGCCGAUUCGAAAACCACUCGGACAAAAUCGAGUUCAUCUCCGUGGACAACGUCAGCGAGCGCGGGAACGGACGCCUGGUGGUCAGUUACGAUGUGGGCCAAACAGCGAUUGUCUGGGAUAUUUUUACAGGGACGGAGAUCGCGCGCUUUGCCUCGUUCGAGAGCUUGACAGCGGCGGUGUGGAUGCGCAAUAGGAAUGUGGCAUUCGGAAACAGCAAGGGCGAGGUUAUACUGUUUGAGCCCCAAACAUCCGAGCAUCUUUCGACUCGAACCAUCUUUGAUCCGAUCACAGCGCUCGCCCCGGCAGCCGAUUCCCGCACGUAUGCCAUUGGCUAUCAAAACGGGUCGAUAUUGAUCGCGAGCCUUCAACCUCAAUUCGCUAUCCUCCAUUCCUUGACUACUUCUCGUGGGCCUUCUCCAAUCAUCUCCCUUGCCUGGCAUGCUUCAUCCUCAAAGCAGAAGUCAGAUAUGUUGGCCACGCAGGCUUCCAAUGGGGACCUGAGGGUUUGGAGUGUAGCCAAGCCUCCUGGGAAAGAGGCACCGCGAGUAAUUCGCGUUUUAAAAAGGUCUGAUUCUACAUCGGCAGAUCCGAAGUGGAUGGCGUGGUCGAAAAACGGAAGAAUCGUCCAAUAUCUAGAAGGAGAAACCGUGUCCUGGGACGUUCGGACAAAACACGUAACGUAUGAGCCCAUUCCCACCAUCGACGGGGUCCGAGGCAUCGCCAACUAUGGCCCAACGGCGGCAUUAUUUACGCUUGGCCCCCACAACACAGUCCAACAGUACGACCUCGAUAGCCCGGCGAUGGUGGCCAAUGUGCAGCACAACCUGCCCACCACGACUCGAAUGAAAACCUCUGAGCGGAGCCGGUCACGAACACAGUCUCCGCACCGCUUGCAGGAUGCCCCGGAUAUCCGCGAACGAAGCGGUAGCAGACGGACUCCCGUCGCAUUCGAGACAAAUGUCGUUGAGAAUGCGAAGCAGCGGGGCCCAGACCUGAUGAGCCCUGUUUCUUCACGAAGCCAAACCGAAUCGGUGAGCUCGAAGGCGUCCUCGGCAAAAUACAAGCCGGAGAGGUAUUCACCACCGAGCCGGUCAGUUCAAAGCGGGACUUCAUUCUCGAUGAGUGGCCAGGAGACCCCACAGGCGUCGGCGUCUUUCCACUAUCCUUCCUCGGCCUCUAUGACUUCGAUGAAAAGUUCACGGGCAGGUUCUAGGUUGCGGAAUGAAGUCCAUAUGAGCCCUGCCGAGAAAAAUCCUUUGGAUUUAUUCCCAUUCACUCGCGCUCGACUGAAUGACGUGCCGUUUAGACAGCAACCACCUCUAGAUGAGUCUCAUUUGACUCCCGAUGAUUUGCGUCGGCAAAUGCUAAGCGUUGUCUUUGGUUGGGAUGGAGAUGUGAAGGAUCUCAUUCGGGAUGAGGUGAGUCGGCAUCAAGAGGGCAGCCAAAGCGCAAUUCUACUGGCCCAAUGGCUCGGCGAAACCAACAGCACGCAAAUGGCCUCGAUGAUUCAGCCCGGUCAAGUGACGACCUUGGACUGGAUGGUAUUGGCGUUGAGUCAAAUGAGUCGCAAAACACAGGCGAACAAGGUUGGUCAGGCCUUUGUGCAGAAGCUUCUUGAGCUCGGUGAUGUUCAUACUUCGGCCACCAUCCUCCUGGGUCUGGGAGACAGUAAUGAUGCGAUCGAGGUCUAUGUAUCGCGCAACUAUCUCAUGGAAGCCAUCCUGAUGACCUGUCUUCUCAAGCCAAGAGACUGGCAGCGUCAGUCGUAUCUGGUUCGUCGCUGGGGAGAGAUCGUUGUCGCCCAGUCUCAGCAAGAACUCGCUAUUCGCUGUUUUAUGUGCACUGGGGCCGAACCGACAGAGCCAUGGACAUCUCCAGGUGCCCAGCACGCUGCGACAUUUGGCCUAUCUUCUCCCGACCCUUUACUGAGCGCUGGACUUCCGUCAGGUCGACCCCUGCCGGGAUCCAACCGUCUUUCUAUUAAGGGGCCACCGCUCAAACUGAUUACCUCAUUCGACGCCCAGUCGAGCAUGCGACACCGAUUCCCGGGACUCCUGGACGAGCGGACACCCACAAAUGCACCUGGAGUCACCCCUAUCGCCGAUUCGGCUACGGUUGAAGGGAUGUCUCCUGGUGGCCUAGGACUUCACAAACUAAAUAACAUCCAGAGCUUGAACCAGGCUAUGACUUCUCGGACCAAUACUCCUUACACUCGAAAUCGUCUUCCAUCGAUUGGAGAAACUCCCAUUGAUGUGCACCCCCCUGCAUUCUCAAGAUCUAACACCGGGGAUUCAAGUAACUACGGUUCCACUUCAGAGCUCGAUGACACUAGUGGUCAGGAGCAGAGUCAAGAUGAAAUAACAGAGGAUAGUGGUCUAUUGACCUUGUCCUCGGCACGUUACAACCCUAAUUCGGAGACUCAUUCCAUUGGGCCAAGCCCUCAGACCGCCGUUCAAUUGCCGGAGAGCUUCAAGGGGCUGCCUUCGCCGGCGCCGGGCUUUAUCGAGGCCCUGAAGGAGCAUACAGACAUUAAAAAUGGCUCAAGAGACCGCAAACCGGAUGGACUCCAGAUUGAGCUGGUAGAGACCGAAGAAGCGCAACCUGACCCCCGCGAGCGGGUUGAUCUUCUUCCCAGUGCCCGAAGCACUUCGACCAUGCAGAGUUAUAAUUCCACCAAGAGCCCAAGUGUGAGCGUCCGUAGUAUUGAUCAAUAUAUCCGCAGUUUGGAUGAGGCAAAUUACCAUGCGAAGAAAUAUAGAAGUGGGCGCUCUCAAGGCCGUGGUCGACGCAACACAGACGAAACCGCCAGUCAAAGCUCUCGCACUCAGCAUCACCGUGAGAGAUCCCAGGAAUCGCGAGGCCGCAACGAUCGUCGAUAUAUUCAGCCUGCGAAACGUUCUCCUUCGUCUCCGGUGCCAAUGUCGCCCGAGGAACUGGCCCGAUACCAUAACGGCGAAGCUUUGACGCCCAUAGAGUCGAAAAAGAAGACACAUGGGCGAGCGAGGAGCGGGAGCACCAUGAGGAAAGAGGGAUCAUCUCGCCACCGCCAACGGUCCUCGAGCAGACACACAGCUAACCGCUUUGCAGGAGGAGAUAGACAAGAUGCGUCAGCCCGUGGGCGUAGUGUCGAGCGAGUAGGAUCUACCCUUCGAUCUCCAUCUUCUCCUCUGCCCAUGACCUUGCCCAUGACAUUGCCCAAUGAGGUCGAAAAUCCCCUUCGUUUGGUUGCCGAGAAUCAAAAGCGAUUGCGUUCGAAGGGGCGCAGUGCCAGUCGUCGCCGUGCCGAGAAAGAACCCAGCAGCCGGCGGGAGGCCUCUCCAGAGCCUAGACACAAGGUCUCUCGCAGUGUUUCGGAGAUUCGCCCGGCUCCUGAGCCAGAGGUCACGCUUGAGCCUGCGGGAUUGGAACAAUUGAGCGCCAAAACAUUUGGCCAGGAGGAUGUAAUUCUCAGCGCAGCCACCUUCAACCAGCAGGACUCCACCACAGAUGAAUCACAAGACUUUGUCACGUCGCCAACUACCCCGUUUGUGAGUCUGGCUGAAAAAAAGAGGCGAGAAUUGGCGGCGGCCGAGCUUGAAGCUCGUCGUCUCUCUCUUGCACGCAACCCUUCGGCACCUAACAUCCCUUUCCCUGGCGACCUCCAAUCUGCGCGAAGCCCGAUUGAAAGCCCCGUUUCUCAAUUCAAUGGAGGUGGGUAUUUUCAACGGGCUCCAUCACGGACUAUAAUGCCCAGCAAAAGCUCUCCUGACUACCAGAGCUCCGACUCUGGUUCCUCUAGAUCUGGGGCUGGGGUCCCUUUAGGGCUUCCCGCAACACCUCGAGCAAUGCGCCAUCCCAAGUAUGGCAUAGGGAAUGAGGAAGAGCGCCCUCCCUCUGUGCCUGCUAUUCCCACCGAUUACCAGGGCACUCUUCUUAGCGACGCUCGAUAUCAGAGUGAAGUGGAGGCAAUCGUGCGGGCGAACUCGGUUCCUGUAGCGGACCUCCAACCCAGCGGUGGCCCUGUGCCAAACGAUACCCCCAUGCACCCUCGUUUCAAUCCUCAUCUUCCACGAAGCCGCUCGACUAGCCGCAGCCGGACCAUGGGUCACCGACGUACAAGCUCGGGGGGCUAUGGAUCCCCCCACUCGGGCUCUCCCCAUCCCGGAUCGCCCUCGUUGGCCGUUAGCAUCGAGGAGUCAAUCGAGCAAGUCAUGCAAAACAGACCGGUUGGACAGCAAAGAGACUCAAUAAUCCCUCCUCCGCCACCCCCGCCGCCUCUUCUCCCGGAACUGCAGCACCUUACGACUCCCCCGCCCCCACCUCCAGCUCCCUUCCCCGGAGCUGAGGAUAGCCUCUCCCCCCGCGAGUCCUCUGGCACCAUCGACGUCGCUAUUGACAAUGCGCAAAUGGGCCACAUGCUCACUCGCGCAAUGACAGCAGCCCCAACUCUGCCCGGUCAAGAUUAUCUUCCCCGGGCGAACACGGCAGGCCCAGCCCUGGGCAGCCAGGAGCCUCGGCCAAACUAUACUCGCCGCAUGUCUUUCGAGCACCGACGCAACCGCAGCACUAAUAACGAAAGCUUUGCAAACAAGUUGCGCAGCCUGACGCGCAUGCGCAGCAAUAGUCGCAGCGCAGAACCGUGGGGCAACACUGAGGCCGAAUGGCCGUAUGGCUACGAGUCUAUCCCGCCUCGCGCAGCCUCUAGCCAAGACAAUGGCACAUAG